UUGCCCUCGGGUCGGUCCCAGGCGGGGACACGGAACCUGGCUAUGGAAGAGCGUUCGGGAGCUCGCGAACCCCGGGCCCGACCGAGAGAGCCGGAUCGGCACUCCCGUCCGAACCGAGAGCACCACCCGGAGCGACAGCGGGACAGACCCAGGGACCGGCACCGGGAGAAAGACGGGGACGGGCGGCGGGACGCGGACCGGCGAGGGGACCGAGAUCUCCGCCAGGAGAGACAAAGGGUCGGGGGCCAUCGCCCAGACGAACAAAGAGUUUGGGAAAAGUCCCGCCAAAGCCGGACCCGGGACAGACCCCAGGGCUCCACCUGGGACGCAGCCCCACCCCCCUGGCCCUCGCCUUGGGAAACCCCAGAGCCGCCGCCCCAGAGGAAAGCAGGCUUCGGGCGCCGAGAACCCGACAGUGAACUUGCUUCAGGGAGAUACAUGCCCUCGAACCCCAGGCCUGGACGAGAAGAAGUGAAAUAUUACCAGUCAGAGGCUGAGGGACUGCUGGAAUGCCACAAAUGCAGAUACCUGUGCACUGGGAGAGGUGUGGUACAGAUACUGGAGGUGAUGCUGAAUGCGAUGGUUCUCGUGUGUAUUGUUGCCUCUUACUUUGUCCUUGCCGGAUUCAGUGCCAGCAUCACCAGAGGCGGCAGCUUUGGGAACAUCUAUCACUCACCGUUCGAGGGCACCGAGCUGGAGCAGGUUCGGCAGCUGGACCAGCAGUACACGGUCCUCCGGGCACCCCUCAUAUAUGGGGGCGUGGCUGUUUCUCUGGGGCUGGGUGUCCUUACUUUGGGAGUUCUACUCCAAGGAGCCAAGAGCCUAACCACACUGCCUGGGAAGUGGCUCCUUAUAGAGGCUGCCUUCAGCCUCCUCGCGGCACUGGGCUACUGCACGGGCACUGGCGUUUACCUCCAUGGAGCUCUGCAGAUCAACGCCACUGACACCUGCAAAACCAGAGAGAGGCUCUAUGCCCGCAGGGGUCUCACCUGGAUGAACUGCCAGCUGGCAGGCACAGAUGGAGCAGCAGCCACUUUUGCUUGUCUUCUUGUGAUUACAUAUGGUGCCAGCGUGGUGUUGGCCCUACGGAGCUACCGAGAACAGAAGCACUACAAAGACAGCCGAGAACAGCCCAGAAAUUACAGUGACCCACCAGAGUACCUGUGGUCUGGGACACUUUGA